AUGCAUCCAGUCACCAUUGGUAGUCAACGUACAUAUGACAACUGUAAAGUAAAACAUUCAUAUUCUCAACCGAUAAAAACAAUAUCGAUUCGUGCCACAUUUCUAUUUCAUAAUAUCGAUUUAACCAACAUAAUGAGAAAGAAAACCAAACGAUCUAACAAUGAACUAUUAUUAAGAACUGUUAAUGUUGCUUGUGUAUUCUCUUCAACAUUACCGUUGUGUAGCUAUCAUCAAUUAGUAAAACCAAAUUCUAUUGAACUACAAUUUAUCUAUCGUUUAGAACAAAAAUUAAGACUACACGCUAAAGUUUGUUUAGAUGAUUUAGAUCAUAUCCGUUUGUCGAGAGAUUUACAUAUUGAAGGUAGACGUAAUAUAAACAAUCAAUUCACUGGUCGAUUGACAACAGAUAUUCAAUUUGUAUUUCAUCGUAGAAAAUUUCUUGUUUUCAAUGAAAAUUUAUUAGAUAAAGAUCUUCUCUCAUUUCCUGUUAUUGAUCGAUUAAUUCGAAAUUCAUUUGACCCACAAGGUGUAUUUGAACAUUUGGAGCAAAGUCAGCAACGAGCAGACAUUACUUCUUUAACGUAUGACAUUGAUGUUGAUACCAAUAGUCAUAAAUAUAAAAAACGACAACGACCUCAAUCAUCACAGAUAAUGAACAACUGGCAAACACCUUUCUUUCAUUUACAAUUGCAAAAAUUGCAAACAAUAUUGGGUGGUAGUUGUGUAUGUCUAGUACAAUACGAAUUAUCCAAAUUUAAUCGAAAUAAACGUAUUAUUAGAAAACUACAUUCAAAUAUGAACUAUCAACAAUGUGAAGAAAUUGGCCGAUUAUUUAAAUUUCAGAACAAUAUAAAUAGAAAAAAUACCAAAUAUUUUCUAGUUAAACGAAGUUUACAUCAUUCUAAAACACUUCCUCAUUUAACGACAGAAAACAAACAUAAAAUAAAUGCUGCCCGCUCAUCAAUUAAUCAUCGUUCAUUUCGAGAUUGUUCUUGUAAAAAAAAUAUUAUUUGUCAACCAUUUCAUCAAAAGAAUAACUUUUAUAUGGCUGAAGAUGUAGAUGAUACACAUGAUUAUCCAGAUGAAGAUGAGGAGAAGUCUGAGAUUUUUCCAAUCGACAAUAAACACGUACAAUCAGAAGAUGAACUUACACUACCAUGGGAUUAUCAUCAACAUCUUGUUACACAGAAACACAAAUGGAACUCAUUUCAAACACCAGAUCAACACUAUUCACCAGAUGAGUAUUGGAACAAUUUUAUCCAUGAGUAUAUACCAUCGCCUAAAAAAACACACCGUCGAAUAAGUCGUUCAGUUUCGUCUUUAUUAUCAACUUCGUACCAUCCAAUAACUAUUCAUGCUUAUAUAAACUCGUUCAAAGAAUGGACAAAUAAACAUUUUCGAGCAAGACGAUUAUCUGUUUACUCAUCAGUAAUAGAUCAAAUCGAACCUGAUUCACUAUUACCAUUAAAACAUUUAAAAUAUGCUGUUCUUUCAAAUAAUGAUCUUCAGGAAUUACCUGAUGAAUUGUUUAUACCUGUCCGAAAAACCUUGAUAUGGAUGGAUUUUUCUCAUAAUAAACUCACUCGAUUGCCACGUUCAUUAAAUCUUUUAAAACAGUUACAAAUUUUAAUUUUAACCGAUAAUGCAUUAAGGUCAAUUGAUUCACAACCAUUUUUAAAAUUAAAUCAUAUGAGAUUGUUAGAUAUCAGAGAUAAUCCCAUUCAAUGUCAAGAUUGCAAAGCUGACUGGCUAAAAUUAAUGCAUUUAGGAGCCUAUGCUAGACUAAACGUAGCUAGAACGAUAAAUCUAAAGAAAAUAAAUAAAAUCCAUCGACAAUCUAAUCGAGACGAUUGCGAAUCGGGGUGUCAACGAGAUGGAAAUCAAGAGCAAAUACAUCGUGAGAACAUAUAUAAUCAACAUCGUCAGCAGAAACAAAAAACAACUAUCGAUUUGACAAGGAUUCCAUCCAUGCCUUCGUUUCGUAUUAUUGGUGGUUGCAUUAAUGAUGCUAGAACAUCCGUUAAUGACAGUAAUAACCAGUAUAUGUCGGUGUUAUCAAAAUUAUGCAUGAACUGUCGCAGUAAUUUAUGUGAUUUAAAUUCUCAAUGUGUUCAAGAAGACACUUCACAUCGUCUAGAUGGCCAAAAUCAAUUUCAUUGUUUAUGUAAACAACCGUAUCGUAUGAUACCAAACACUCAAAGGUGUCAACGACCCGAUCAAUCUGAAACAACAAUAGAAAACUUAGCUUGUGGACACCAAUGUAAUCAUGGAAAAUGUGUUCUAACCCUAGGUGGAGUUUGUCAAUGUGAUCCUGGAUAUUUUGGAUUAAAAUGUGAUAAAAAAGCGUCAACUUGCGCCGAUUUACCAUGUCAGCGAGGCUAUUGUGUUGUUCAGCACAGCAAAGUGGCAUGUAUGUGUCCAUCAGGUUAUACGGGCACAUUGUGUGAACAGAGAAUGACGCUCUUCCACAAGUCGAAUGCAUCAUCGUCGACCGUUUAUUGUAUAAUUGAGCGAUGUUUAACAGUCUGGUGUGAUAAUAAUCUUAAUCGUAUGAAAAAAUGUGAAAGUAAAAGUCUUGAACAAUCACUCAAUAAUGAUUGUAAAUCGUUACUUGAUCCUUGCAUAAACAAGAAAUGUAUUCAAGGUUAUCUAGUUUAUAAUCAACAACCAAUGUCAAUAACAGAAAAUCAAUAUGAGUGUGUAUGUCGCAGUGGUUGGACGGGGAAAUCGUGUGACAGAACCGCCUGGGAUGUGUUGAAUGAUGAAGAUUUUGAUGAUGAAGAUGAAGAUGAAGAAUACAUUAGCCAAAGAGACUAUAAUCUAAUGUUUGCACAACAACAACGAUUGUUCACAACGCCAGAUAGAUUUUUAAUGACACCACCACAACAGUUUCAAGGAUACGAUUUUCAACAGCAACUACAAAAACCAAUCGUGGCAAGUCAAACAGCAUUACAAUCUCCCACCAUUAUUCAUGUAGCUGAUUUACCAAGUGGGACAAAUAGUGAUGUGUUUAUUAAGUUAUUAAGUAAACUGCUAAAUGCAAAAAUUGUGGAAUUAGAUGGCAUCAAACAACCAAAACAAAAAAUAUAUAAAAAUGGCAAAGGCUCCAACGAAAUAAAGUCGGAUUUUUAUCAUUAUAAUCGUCAUACUCGAGCGACACAAGACAAAACGAGAAAAAUUGAAACAGAACUGAUAAAUGAGAAACAAAACAAAGAAAAUGAAAAGCAAAAAGCUCUAAAAAAAGAAUUUGAAACAGAAAAGAUGGCAAAAGAAAAUUUAAACCAAUCUAUAGCGCCGAAUACAAUGUCAAUGAUGCUCUCUCCUAUUCCUAUAGAAAAAUAUCAAGUACUUAUGAAUUCUGCUGCUACUGUCGUCGAUGAUCUUUCCUAUCGAGAAAGGCUGAAUUCUAAACCUCUUUCAACAUCAGCCGUCAUAGAUUUUUCAGAUGACAGUGACACAGUUUCAACAUCGAAUAAGUUUCGCUUAACAUCAGUUGUGCUUACUGUUAGUCUGAUAACAUUAUUUUUAUUAAUUAUUGUCUACACGACAAUGUGUUACGUGUCAGACUCUGGACCGAUUCAAGAUUGUGGAUUUCCUUUGAUAAAAAAGUAUGUUUUAUUAAAAAAUUGUUCUAGCUCUUAUUAUACGAGCGGAAGUGAAACAAUAAAAGUUAAACCGGUCACAACUGUACUAAGAAAUGCACAUAGUGGACAUGUUUGA